GAACCACGUACUUUAUCGCAGCACACUGGAUCUUCUUCAAGUCAACAUGGCUUCAGAAAAUCAUGGAGAAAUUCAUGCAGAAGAUCAAUCGGGCCACAUCGCGUAUCAAAAUCGUGGAGACAAAGCCUACCACUGUCCUUUGUAUCUUGGAUCAGGACGCAUUCCUAGCAGAAUGAACAACGUUGCAGAAAGAUCUGUAACCUCCGUUGACGGACAGAUGCCCGAGCAGAGAAAAAGUGAGAUCAGAGCUAUUGAGAUUUUGUGGGCGAGACUGAACAACAAGGAGAAACGCGAGUUUGAACAGAAGCGUGAGGAUGAGAAGAGAAAAACUCCAGACUCAAUCAAGCCAACUCAGCAAAGCGUCGUUAGUGAAAGUACAGGACUUGGAAAUGAGAAAGCGAGACGCGAGAGUAAAGUGAAUAAAUUCUUACGGGCUUCUGGUAGUGAAGGAAACGAACUGAAGGAUGAGAAAAAAAGGGCUUUGAAAAGCAUGAAUAAAAGCAUGGAUGAGGCCACUUUCGGGGAGGAUGAACUUGAUAAUCAUCAACAUAGAAUACUCUCGGAAAGAAUGAAACAAGUCGCAGAAAACGCCGCGAAAUUGCAAAAACUCCGGGGUGAAGAUCAAGGACUUGAGGAGCGAGCGAAUCAAAUUAUGGAAGCUGACGGUGCUGAAGGUUUAGAAGAACUCGAGAUCAUGAACAGGUUCUAUGCUCAUCAAAUCAAUAGACUACAAAAUAUGAAUGGAAGAAAUAAGGAAAGAAAAGAAUUUGGGAAGAGGGUGAACAGAAAUAUUGAUGUCGAUUUCGAUGGCGGACAAGAGCUUAAAGACUUGCACAAAUCAGAUGAUCACAACACCAAAACACUUGAAGAUGAGGAAAGCAAUAAUAUGGGUCGGAUAGACAGCCUUAUAAAUCACAAGAAAAUAAUCGAGGAUGUAGAGAAAGGGAACAGUUGAGGCAAAGAGCUUCGUGGUUUAUGAGGGAAAUGUUCAUCGGGUCCCCGAGAGGAAAAAUAUGAAUGAUUGCGAGGUAAAAGGUCGAGACUUAUUGACAAAACAAUUAAGACAGAAAAGCUUCGUGGAUCA